GGUGUGCGUGAAAGGUCACGCAGCCAGGAAGAGGCAGACCCAGGACUUGACCCCACGUCUGGCUGACUCAGGACACACUAGGCAUGCUCAUCUUCCUGCCAGGGUGCCCAGGACAGGGCCUGUGGCAAAAGGGGUCAUGAAGGUUUUGACAGAGUGAUUACAGGAACACUCGCUGCCCAGACAUGGAACCCGGAAACCCCUCCAAACAGCUCCUUCCUCUUGCACCAGCAGCCUCGUCUUGCCAUAUGAAAACACUUCCCCAAGUAGCCUUGGCCCCAAGGAACGCCCCGUUUCAGGCUCAGACACCCACCGGAUUGCAGAACGACAGCCAGUCUUAGGAGCCACAGGAGGCACAUGCGCCCCUUGCGAUGACCACCCCGACCCAGCCGGCCUACUCGCCUCCUUGCUCCUGGCUGCUGAUGCUGUCCCUUGUCCUCUUGGGAGCCUCUGGGCAGAGCGAUGGGAGUGAGCGGCAGGUGUUGCAGCCCGAGGGCCCCCUGCUGGUGGCGGAAGGAAACACGCUGCUGCUGCGGUGUACCGUGGAAGGUUCCUGCACUGACGACAGGAUUAAAUGGGUCAAGGUGAGCGAUCGGGACCAGCAGGAGAUUUAUAACUUCAAACACGGCUUCUUCCCGGGGGUGACGCCGGUGAUCCAGCGGACCCUGGAGCCCCUUCAUUGUGACUUUUCCAUCCAUAUCCACAAUGUCACCAGCAAGCAUGCUGGAACCUACCACUGUGUGGGGCUUGAUGACUUGAGUGAGAACCCAGAAAAGAAGCUGCAGGAGGGCACCUCAGUGUUUGUGAAGGGAGCCGGAGCCCCAGAGCCAAACCUCUGGAUCCUGCAGCCCCAGGAGGUGGUGUUGGCAACCCCCGGAGACACUGUGUUCCUGAACUGCACAGUGCUUGGACAUGGUCCCCCGGGACCCAUCAGGUGGUUUCGGGGGGCUGGUCUGAGCCGCGAGGCCAUUUACAACUUUGAAGGCCUCUCCCACCCCAACGUGACAGCCGUCCGGGCCUCCAACAGCGAUUUCAGCAUCCUCCUGCAAGGCGUGUCCCCUGAGUACACAGGCACCUACUACUGUGUAAAGUUUUACAGGAAACCCAACAGACAAUACCUGUCCGGACAGGGCACCAGGCUGCGAGUAAAAGCAAAGCCCAUCACCUCUCCCCAAGAGAAAGAACUCACCAAUGAACAUAUAGGCAGGACAUAUCCCUCAGGCCUCCUGUCUGUGCUCACACUUGUGGUCCUGGGGCUGAAGGCCAUGACCUUGGCUGCACUCCUGCUGGCCUGGGCUGCUUGCCGGAGAAGGCAAGAAGACACCAAGACCCCAGACUCAGCAGAACUGUAAUCUGUACGGGGCAUGCAGCACGGGACGUGGGGCGUGGGUGAGGGGGUCGACCUCAAAGUAGGUCCUCUGAGUCGAAGAGAGGUCAAGGCUCCCCAACCACUUCACCGCCUCCAACCCCAGCCUCCAGAUGCUCCCCAGGCUUCGUGCCGAACUCCAGGAUCCCUACACCUGCCUUCCAUUCACCUGGCGAAGUACCCCACUUAGCACUGACUGGGCUCCCUUCUGAUGUGCUGUCCUCUCUCUUGACAGCCAGCUCAAGCCCUCCUUGUCCUUCAAGGCUUUGCCGGGCUCUCUUCUCAAGGCCCUUGUUCCUGCGGUAGUGCCCGCCCCCUUCCACCCCCUCUCCUCGUUUUCUCAUCCUUCAAGAUCCAACUCAGAGUCAUUUCCGGAAGAUUUUCGUAAGCAUCUCUAAGCUCACAGAGCCAGACUGCUCAGGCCUCUCCAUUUACACCCUUCUCUCCUCAUUUCCUGCCUUUUUUCCCUUCCUUCCUUCCUUCCUUCCUUCCUUCCUUCCUUCCUUCCUCCCUCCCUCCCUCCCUCCCUCCCUUCCUU